AAGUGCUUCGGUUAUUCUCUCUCUCUCUCUCUCUCUCUCUCAUUAUCACCCUCAUCUAUUUUAUAUUAUUGGAAAUUUCAGACUUUGAAGCUCAAGGGAUCUCUGAAACCUGCCCAUUUCUUGCAAGAUCGGAGAAGCUGUAGACUUCAUAGGCCGAGUGGAUAAUCGGUUGAGAAGAGAAAUAGAUCAGUUGCGGUAUUGAAAUGGCAUUAGUAGCUGGAAGAAGUUCUUCACUGAAUCCUAAUGCGCCUCUCUUUGUUCCUGCUGCAUUCCGUCAAGUGGAAGAUUUCUCUUCUGAGUGGUGGGAAUUAGUGAAAACCUCAGCUUGGUUUCAUGAAUACUGGUUGAGCCAACAUCCCGAGGAUGAGUUUGAUGGCAGUGCUGAUGCUGUUGAUGUUGCUGAUAUGAUUCCGGAGACUUUUGUUCAAGAUGAUGAAGUAGAGCUCGCUUACUUGGAAGUUGAGCUGGAAGAAUUGGCCUUAUCAUCUGAAGCUAAAGGAAAAACUGAUUUGGCAGAUUCUGACAAGAAAAAUGGAAGGAUGCCUACUAAUGGUCUUGAAAUGGAUGCUAGAACCAUCUUGAAGGAUCUGACAGUAACAAAAUCACCAAAAGAAAGAGGUCCCAGGUCCCCACGAGGACCUGCAAAAUACCGUGAGAAGGCAGUUCAGUAUGUGAGCCCUAAAUGCAGCCCCCGAAGGAUUCAACAACCUCGUUGAAGGAAUUAGUCAGAGAUCUUGUAUCUCUUGGAACCAGCUGCACUGACAUGGAUAGUUUAGUGUCUCCUUAAAAGGAGUUAGUGAUUGUAAAUAUCAUGGUUGCAACGUUUUCGAUGCAUAGUCUCUCAUUAAGUUAGUGUUUUGUACAUGUAAGGUUGCAGCUUUUGCCAUCUUGUUAAUCUUAUCCUUUUCCCACAAUGCUUAGUUUGAAGAUUUAAGUUUAACCCAUGCGGUUUGAACCGAACGGUCAAAACCUGAUGAGUAUUGUAUGUAUGUAUUUACUUUCUGUGCUUCCAUUUUUAAGUGGAUGAUAUUCCUAUC